GGCCCCGUGUCCUCCAGCGAGGUUGUCCCCGCGGGCUGGAACCUCUGCACCGUCGUCGGGGUGCUGCUGGGCUACCCGGCAGCAUACGCCUUCUCCACGGAGGAAGGCGCUGAGAACUGCCUGGCGCUGACGCCGCUGAGGGUGUUCACGGUCCAGGCCUCCUGCCCCAGGAUAAGGGAUGGUCUCAGGGUCCAGAUCUACUCCUUCAGCAUCCCGGAGAGCAUCUGCGCGGAGCUGAAGGAGGUGCUGGACGCCUGGUGUGAUGAGCUGAAGGAGGCCUUCAGCACGCAGAAUGACUUUGUAGAUCUCCGCAUUUUGAGCGAGGUGGUGUGUCUUCCAGCGGUUGCCUUGUAA